CACCUCAUUCUCUAGCUCCUUCUCUCUGUGAAGUUGUUGAGACGACUUUGAGAUGGCAUUCAGUGGAACCUACCAGCUCGAGUCACAAGAGAACUUUGAAACUUUCAUGAGAGCCAUUGGUCUACCCGAAGAACUGAUAGAGAAAGGGAAGCAUGCUAAGAGUGUCACGGAAGUUGUGCAGAAUGGAAAACAUUUUAUUUUCACUGUGACUACGGGACCUAGGGUUCAACGUAGUGAGUUUACCAUAGGUGAAGAGGCAGAGUUUGACUCAAUAAAAGGAGGGAAGGUCAAGGCUGUUGUUAAUCAGGAAGGGAACAAGCUGAUUACAAAACUUGAAGACAUCACCACUGUCACAGAGUUGGAUGGAGAUAAACUAAUUAAUGUAAUGACUUUGAAAGAUAUUAACUACAAGAGAAUCAGCAAGAAAGUCUGAAAGAAGAAGAACCUUUCAAUAUUAUUACUAAUGAAAAAAAUAGAAAAUAAAACAUUUC